UGUUUAACUAUAAAUUUCACGGACUGUACUCUUCUCCACUCUCCUACUGUACAAUGCAUUAAUCCUAAUCCUCCUUCUUCUUUAUGUCAAAUUACCAUAUUACCCCGCAGCCAUGACCAAGAUCGACGUCCUCCGUCGUUACCUCCUCCCUUGCUUCUGUCCGGCCCACGCCGUCUCCACCGUCACUAACGCCACCCACACCACCAAGAAACGCUUAAGCACCUCGCUUCGCGACGACUUACCCGACAACUACAUUUCCCAAUCACCAAACGACAACGAAGACGAUCAAGAUUCUCCAUCUCCAUCUCCUGCCAUGGCGGCGCAGCCUCGUCCAUCCAAAUCGAUGGUGAUCGGAACGAUCUUCGGCCACCGCAGAGGCCACGUCUGGUUCUGUAUCCAACACGAUCGUCUCUCCUUCAAACCCUCCAUCCUCCUCGAGUUUCCCAUUCUAACUCACCAACUCGUCAACGAGAUGCGAUUCGGACUCGUUCGGAUCGCUCUCGAGGGAGACGGGUCGGAUCUUGGGCGCUGCCCGCUGCGAUCGGUGCCCGUGUGGACCAUGUACUGCAACGGCCGAAAGCUGGGGUUCGCGGCGCGGCGGAAGGCGAGCGACAGGAUUCGGUUGAUGCUGAAGACGAUGCAAUCGACAACGGUCGGUGCUGGGGUGAUGCCGUCCGGGUUCGGGUCGUCGGAUUCGGAGGAGAUAAUGUACAUGAGGGCUAAUUACGAGCACGUAGUAGGGAAUGCUGACUCGGAGUCGUUUCACCUGAUCAACCCGGACGAGUGCCCGGGUCAAGAACUCAGUGUGUUCUUGCUCAGAUCCGCUAAUGGAGUUUCUCAUUGAGGAGUAGGGGUAUUUUCGGUAAAGUAUUAAGAAUAUACCUAUAUGUAUCUAUGUGAGUCUUUGCUUGAGGCUUUAGGCGAUGAAAACUAGGCGUUUUUUCAACAAAAAGACAAAAGACGAAAAUGUAAAUUAGAAAUUAUUUUAUUUCUUUUUUUUUUUUUACUGAUUUUAGAAGAUUGUAAUCUUUUGUACAUUUGGGUAUAUUGACUAUACAAUCGUGUUAAAAAAUCAAGUCUUUAUGAGUAAGAAA